AUUUAAUUUUUUCCCCCAUUUUCCCCUUCCCCACUCUCUCCACUACCUACUCCUCGCUUUUACGCCUGCAAGGAGCCGGUAAAUUCCCUUCCCGGCUCUUUCCGGUACUCCACCACCGCCAUUUUUUCCGAUUUACAACCACCCACGUCGCCAAUUUCCCUGCCGAUCGACUUCCGGUACAAUUUCCGAGUGCUUGGACUGUUGAUUCUGAAGCUCAUGCUCGGUUAAUCGCUUCCCGGAGUUGUUUAAUGGGUUCUACUUCUUCAGGUGGAAUUAGCGUAUUUAAUAUGUUAUAGAGCAUUUUCCCACAAGCUCAGUAAAUUACAACUGGGGAUUAUUUUGCAUAUGUCAAUGCCCCCUGGAGGCUAAUGGAAUGAUGGACUGCUUUCAUACUGUAAGCUACAGCUAUCCGAAUGGUAAUAUGUGCCACCGAUUACUAUUGUUUGUCAUUUGGAUAUCCAGUUUUCAUGAUGGAGUUGCCUUACCAACUGUGGUUAAGCAUCAUCUUGUUUCAUCCAUGAGAGAGCAGGCUCAGUCACCUAGUAGUGUGGUCUUUGAUCCUAUAGAGAUAUCACCUGCAGUUAUCCCACAAUACCCUUAUCCAAAUGAAUCUUUGCCCCCAAUGUAUCCAACUUUCCCUACCAGAUAUGAUCCAGUUUUAACUGGGAGGUGCCCUGUAAAUUUUUCUGUUAUAUCAAAUGCUAUGGACAAAACAGCAUCAGAUUGUUCUCAGCCUAUGGCAGCACUUGUAGGAAAUGUUAUUUGUUGUCCACAACUAAGUAGUCUGCUCCAUAUCUUCCAGGGUUUCUAUGGCUUAACUUCUGAUCGGUUGGUUUUGCAAGAGGCAGUUGCUAAUGAUUGUUUUUCAGAUAUCAUUAGUAUCUUAGCCAGCAGAGGAGCUAAUCAGACAAUACCCUCUCUUUGCUCUGUCAAAUCUUCAAAUCUCACCGGUGGAUCAUGUCCGGUGACAGAUGUUGUGACAUUUGAAAAAUUAGUAAACGUAAGCAAAUUAUUGGAUGCAUGUGAUACUGUUGAUCCUCUCAAGGAGUGUUGUAGACCAAUAUGUCAGCCUGCUAUCAUGGAGGCGGCACUUCAGAUAUCUGGAAGGCAAUUUACUACCGAUACAAGUAGUAAUGUGGCAGGCCAGCCUACUCAUAUUGACUCAAUAAAUGAUUGUAAAAGAGUUGUUUAUUCAUAUAUUUCUAGGAAACUCUCCUCAGAUGCAGCCAACACUGCAUUUCGAAUAUUAUCUUCCUGCAAAGUUAACAAAGUUUGCCCUUUGGAUUUUGAGCAGCCUUCAGAAGUAAUUAAAGAUUGCCGCAAUGUUGCUGCUCCUAGUCCUUCAUGCUGCAGCUCAUUGAAUUCUUACAUUGCGGGGAUCCAAAAGCAGAUGUUAAUUACAAACAAACAAGCUAUAAUCUGUGCAACAAUGUUUGGAUCCAUGUUGCGAAAAGGUGGCGUUAUGACAAAUGUUUAUGAGCUGUGUGAUGUCGACUUGAAAGAUUUCAGCAUUCAAGCCUAUGGACAGCAAGGAUGUCUUCUCCGGAGCCUGCCUUCAGAUGUGGUAUUUGACAACUCAACAGGCUUUAGUUUUACUUGUGAUUUGACUGAUAACAUUGCAGCACCGUGGCCUUCAUCAUCUUCAAUUUCGACACUAUCUCUUUGUGCACCUGAGAUGUCAUUGCCUGCUCUACCAACAUCAGAGACGAGGAGAAAUAGUGGCCAGCGUGAGGAAGGAUUGGAUUUCCCAAUGCCCAUUUUUUUAUUUUUUAUUAUGGUCAGUGCAUUUUUGUACUGAGUUAGAUAGAUGAUGUUCUGUGGUGGUGUUCUACGUGGGGGUUGGGGGCUGCCCGUCUUUGGGGAAUUUUACUGUGGAUUUUUUGUAUGUAUAUUUUGAGUCUCUGUAUAGUAGUAGCUCUUCUUCUUUUUUUCUA